AUGGAAGCCUCGGAGCCCCCCACUACGGCCGAGACGUACGAGGACUUCCAGUCGGCAAAAGAGGAGGAGGAGUACGAAAAACACUUUGAAAAAGACUUCCCGUUGUCGAAGUCUUUUUCCCGGCGCGUCUGUCCCACCAACCGUCUCCUUCUGCUGUUGACGGUGUUCUGUGCCGUUCUGAUCCUCUCGGUCUGCAUCCUGGGCAUGCAAGGCCUUCAGUUCACCGAAACCCUCCAGGAGACCCAGAAGGGCGUGCAAAAUAUGAGCCAGACGAUCCAGCAGGGGGUCACCCAGCUGAAGGGCAAAGGCCAAAACGCCACCUCGAAACUGGCCGCGCUGGCGACAAUUUUGCAACAGGAGAAUGAUAAACUGUUGAAAGGGAGCAAUAGUGGCUGCUGUCCCCGAGGCUGGCUGACCUUCCGCUCCAGCUGCUACUGGACAACCCAGUCGAGGAACAGCUGGCAGGGGGCCAAAAAAGACUGCGAGGAGAAGAAGUCCCACCUGGUGAUCAUCAAUUCGGCGGAGGAGAAAGCCUUCGUGAAGGACAGCAGGCGGGGAGGCGACACCUGGAUCGGCUUGACCGACGAGAGUGGCACCUGGACGUGGGUGGACGGCUCCUUGUACGCGAUUGACCCAAAGUGA